AUGCAUCAACUCUGGGUGUGCGAGUGCGGCUUUCGCAACCGUGACUCCAAUGAUGUGUGUGGUGGCUUUGGCAAGCUGGGCUGCAAGAAGCCUCGACCACAGAACGACCUCCCAGCAACUUCGCAGCUAGAUGUUCAUGAGGAGGCGCUCGCAAGUCCAGCGCAGCAAGUGCUAGCAGAUUCGCCUCCAGAUGACUUGGAGCUAAAGCUACUGAGCCUCCUGCAGAAGGAACCACGGAAAGAGUCUCCAAUGGAGUGGCUGAAGCCUGCCGAGGCGGCCGAGGCGACCGAGACGGCCGAUUCCCAGCCCGAGCACUCCCAAAGUGCGCAAAGUGCACAGCAAAGUGCACAGCAAAGUGCACAGAAUCAGGAGAUGCAGGACUGGACUUGCCAUUGUGGAUUUCGGAAUCGUGGGUCUAAUGCGACCUGCGGCGGCACCGGUCAUCUUGGCUGCGGUUUCCCACGACCCCGUGGCGCUGGCACAUCCCCACAGCGGGAUGGCAACGUUUCUGACAUAUCAUUCGAGGAGAGAGAUGCUGGAAGCAUGACGUCUGAAGGUUACGGCGGAUCUGCAAAUCCCUUGAUGCAGCCAGGCGUUUGGCUUUGCACGUGCGGGUUCCGCAAUCGCGCAGCGAACUGGCGCUGCGGUGGUGAUGGUGAUAAAGGGUGUGGAGCUGCCAGACCAGAGAAGCAUGUACAAGCUUCUGCUAUGGCCAAAGAGGAACUGGAGAAAGUCUUUGGCUCGGGAUCCCAGUCUUCUUCUGCCCUGCAUGGUGGAGCCUGGGUUUGUGGCAGCUGUGGGUGGAGAAACCAGGCCGGCAACGACGUGUGCGGGGGUGUUGGGCGCUUGGGGUGCAAAGCACCGCGAACCGAACGUGCGGAGGAGCUUGCGCCAGCGCCAGUGCAGGAGAAAUGGACUUGUGCGGCAUGUGGAGUGGAGAACGAAGCCAGCCGAGUAACAUCCUGUUCAUCUUGCGAAGCACCGCGACGCCUGAAAGGUGUGGUCAAGUCAAUAGGAGUCGACUACGGGUUCAUUUCCUGCGCAGAAACAGCUGCUGCUUUUGGACGUGAUGUGUAUGUUAGCAAGCAAGUCCUUGACGGAGCUUUUCGCAAAGGCACGAGCGCGAGCAGUGGAGUGUCAGUGACGUUCAUCGUGUGCUUAAACGAGAGCGGGCAGCCGAACGCGAGCAAAGUGCUGCCGUCCGAGGGCAGUAGCGAAUACGAGGACGUGGAGUUUCAAGGCACUGUGAAGUAUAUGUCGGAAGAGAAGGGUUAUGGCUUCAUCGAGUGCCAGGAGACCUUGGACCUCUUCGGCUGUGAUGUGUACGCUGACCUUCCAUUGCUGAGUGAGUGCUCAUUGGGCCAGCCGGUGACCUUUGGUAUAAGGCUUGGACAGAUUGGCGGGCGCCCACAGGUCCGCAAGCUUUCUCUGGCUGGCCCACCACCUGAGAAUUUGCCAGCAAGCUGCUGUUCUUUGGGCCAGGAGUUGGUCUCCUCGGCCUGGACAGGGUCAGUUCUGCUGCUGGGCGAAGGUGACUUCACAUUUGCUGCUGCUGCGGCCACUAUCCACACAGAGUCAAAGCUGGAUGCCACUGUAGUGCUGGCAGAGGAUCUUUGGCAGGAACGCUUCCCGAAUCACCACGACAUUGUGGAAGCGCUGAGGGAGCUGGGACACACGGUUCGCUUCGGAGUGGACGCGCGGCAGGUGAAUUGCGCAAACUACUCCAUGAUUGUCUUCAAUUUCCCAGCAGUAUCAGCGCAAGAACAGCGUGAUGAUGGCGGAAAGCUGUCUGCCAGUGGAGAGCUGGCAUUUUCAUUCCUGAUGAAUGCCAAGGCUUCUGCAGACAUCGGGACGCUUUUGGUCCUUGGUUUGUGGGGCCGCUGCGAUGGUGGUUCCGAUGCCCGACUCUAUGGGCAGGACUGCCAUGAGCUCGUGGCAUCAGCGUUGUCAAAGGAUGGAGCGAAGUCCUUGGAGGAUGCAUUGCCCGAUGGCUACUUGCGCUCUGGUGUGCAUGCAGACUACGGCUUCUACAAGGGCUAUGAGCAGGAGGGCUACUCUUUCCGCACCAACUGCAUUGCUUCCUUUGAGAGCUCACACAAGGAGUGGCACUUGCAGGCAUGUUUCAUUCUCCGGGUUGUGGCAACUGCGGCGACAGAUGGGGAAAAAAGCCCCAAGUCAAGCAAGUCUGAUGCCCAGUUGAGUGAGCAGCUCAAAGCAGCUGCCAUCAGCUGCCAGGUGACAGCCAAAGUCGCUGUCGACGCUCCAGAUGACCGCAGAACCCCGCAUGUCUACGGUGGCGGUCGGUCCGUCGGUUGGUUCGGGUGGGGACAUCUUCCGGCAACGCAUCAAUAUCCAGCACAUCCACCAGUGCACUUUAACCUGAUCCAACCGAACGUCGACAUCUUGUACCUCAGCCUCGUCAACGUCAUCCAACAGAACACCAUCGAGCACAACACCUCCAGCAGACUCCAGCACCUCACCAACGUCGAGUACACCGACCAGUAUCACUUCAGCUUGACCCACCAGAACGUCGACAUCUCGUGCCCAUACCUCGCCAACAUCAUCCGACUUCUACGGCAGACCAUGCGAAGAAAACUAAGGGCAACUCAGGUCAUGGUCUUGUGGGCGGCUUGUCUACGCAAUCUGCCUCGCAUGGAUGGCCGAUCCCUGGUCCUGGGAGUCCUGGGAGAGCUCCCAGGGACGCAGCAGGGUCUUGAAAAAGUUGGCCCAUGGUGCAUUGCUGCCGUCCUCGUCGUUGUUGGGCCAGGGUUGUGGCCCUUGACCAGACUGCAGUUGGCCUCACUCGUCCAAGAGUUUCUGAGCCUCCUUCACAAACUACCCUUGUGGUCACUGUCUUUGUCCCUGUCCCUGUCCCUGUCCCUGUCCCUGUCCCUGUCCCUGUCUCUGUCUGUGCGGGUGGGUGGCCUGCGUUUGCGGGCGGGCGACGAGGGCAUGACGCUGCUCCAGGAGGGCGAGCCUGGCUUCAUCCAGGGGACUUUUGUGCUGGAGCAGACCUCAGCAGACCAUGAGAAGUAG